GAACCGACUCUCAGUGUCAUGGGGGUGGGAGGAGGAUGUUUCUCCACCACCCCAACCCCCCAUGUCUGUGGUGAAGUCGAUCGAAUUAGUGCUGCCCAAGGAUGUGGUCUACCUGGCCGGCUCCAGCAUAGAAGGGCAGGUGGUUCUGAUCCUGAACAGCACCCUGGUGGACCCCAUAGUGGAGGUGGGGCUCGUGGGCAGGGGCUACGUGGAGUGGAAUGAAGAAAUCGGGCCAUCCCGUGAUUAUAGCAGAAAUAUUAUUUGCAACAACAAGGCUGACUACGUGCACAAGACAAAGACGUUCCCAGUAGAGGAUAAUUGGUUAAGUGCAGGCAGCCACACCUUUGACUUCCAUUUCAACUUACCUCCCAGGCUCCCUUCUACCUUCGCCAGCAAAAUCGGCCACAUCUCCUACUUCGUGCAAGCCUCCUGCGCGGGUCGGGAGCACAUUCUAGCCAAGAAGAGAAUGUACUUGUUAAUUCAAGGGACUUCGGAUUUCCACAGGCAAAACCCCCUGCAGAACCCUCUGUUCGUGGAGACCGAGAAGAAGGUCUCCUCCAACUGCUGCCGCCGGGGCACCGUGUGGCUCGGAAUCCGGAUAGAAAAGGACACCUUCGCCCCGGGGGAGAAGAUAGUCCUCACCAUGCAGAUCGACAACCAGACCGGCAAGUACCUCAAGACGGUCACCUUCGCCCUGCACGCCCACGUGCGCUACGAGGGCUUCACGUCCGGGGCGGAGCGGCGGUCGCUGGUGGGCAGCAGUGAGCUGCUCCGCCAGGAGGUCAGCGCCCGGAUCAUGCCCUUUGACGCCACCACCAUCGUGAGCACCCUCAGCCUCCCGCACGUGCUGCCCGUGAGCAGCCGCCCCGGGGACGGCGAGCUCAUGAGCACCCGCUACGAGCUGGUCGGCACCAUCCACCUGCCCUGGUCCCGGGCCUGCGUGAAGGCCACGGUGCCCAUCAUCGUCGCCAGUGCCAGCCGCGAGCCAGGAGUGCCAGAAUCGAGUGCCCAAACUGCUGAACAUUAAACGCUGCGAGCGGCCCUC